GGAAAAAUAAGAAAAAAAGGGAAAAAAAUACCGUACAGCCAGUGUUACAGCAUGUCAACUACACAGUACGGAAUACACAGUGGACCUGCCCCUCCCCCACCACUGCAACUUCGAGCUCCAGCCGCCCUCGAGCUCUCGACACAUCAAAGGAUCCACAUCCCAAUCCAGCAAGCCACUUCGCCUGGUCGCCGCGGCACACUCGCAAUGGCUGAAGACAGACAACCCGCCGACAUCGUCGAAGGUGCCACGACGGGCGACGUUGAGGACGAGGUGCAGCCGACCGCCAAGUCGGCCGAGGACCGCAAGGCCGCCGCGGCUCUGUCCAAGCUCGACGCGCACGGCGAUGACGAGACUGCCCCGGCCCGCGAGGUCGACCAGGAGGCCGUCAAGAACGCCAUGAGCGCGCUGGGUGAUGGCGCCGUCAAGAAAGAGGUCAAGAAGGCGGUCAAGGUGGAUGCGGCCGACGUGAACUUGCUAGUGGACGAGCUGGAGCUGCCGAAAGCCAAGGCUACCGAACUGCUUAAGGCCCACGACGGGGAUGCCGUCAAGGCGAUGAGAGCCUACCUCCAGCCCGACUUCUAGAACGACCGAUCCUUCGACCCCGAAUACAGGCCGGCCGGCCCGUCCGCGAUACGAGUCGACAAGCCCAGGCGCACAAGCAGCUCAGGGAACGUGUCGCCCCAAGGCAUCACCGUCGGUGGCCGUAUCGGACCCGAGAACACUCGGACAGCAUUCGGCACUCGUCUGCAGCCCAUCCGAGUCGCGACGG